AUGAGGCGCUUCUGGAUACAGACUGUACCUGUGAGUCAUACACAGGGACAGGAGGAGCAGGACACACAGGGACAGGAGGAGCAGGACACACAAGGACAGGAGGAGCAGGACACACAGGGACAGGAGGAGCAGGACAAACAGGGACAAGAGGAGCAGGACACACAGGGACAGGAGGAGCAGGACACACAGGGACAGGAGGAGCAGGACACACAGGGACAGGAGGAGCAGGACACACAGGGACAGGAGGAGCAGGACAAACAGGGACAGGAGGAGCAGGACACACAGGGACAGGAGGAGCAGGACAAACAGGGACAGGAGGAGCAGGACACACAGGGACAGGAGGAGCAGGACAAACAGGGACAGGAGGAGCAGGACACACAGGGACAGGAGGAGCAGGACACACAGGGACAGGAGGAGCAGGACAAACAGGGACAGGAGGAGCAGGACACACAGGGACAGGAGGAGCAGGACACACAGGGACAGGAGGAGCAGGACACACAGGGACAGGAGGAGCAGGACACACAGGGACAGGAGGAGCAGGACACACAGGGACAGGAGGAGCAGGACAAACAGGGACAGGAGGAGCAGGACACACAGGGACAGGAGGAGCAGGACAAACAGGGACAGGAGGAGCAGGACACACAGGGACAGGAGGAGCAGGACACACAGGGACAGGAGGAGCAGGACACACAGGGACAGGAGGAGCAGGACAAACAGGGACAGGAGGAGCAGGACACACAGGGACAGGAGGAGCAGGACAAACAGGGACAGGAGGAGCAGGACACACAGGGACAGGAGGAGCAGGACAAACAGGGACAGGAGGAGCAGGACACACAGGGACAGGAGGAGCAGGACACACAGGGACAGGAGGAGCAGGACACACAGGGACAGGAGGAGCAGGACAAACAGGGACAGGAGGAGCAGGACACACAGGGACAGGAGGAGCAGGACAAACAGGGACAGGAGGAGCAGGACACACAGGGACAGGAGGAGCAGGACAAACAGGGACAGGAGGAGCAGGACACACAGGGACAGGAGGAGCAGGACACACAGGGACAGGAGGAGCAGGACAAACAGGGACAGGAGGAGCAGGACACACAGGGACAGGAGGAGCAGGACACACAGGGACAGGAGGAGCAGGACACACAGGGACAGGAGGAGCAGGACACACAGGGACAGGAGGAGCAGGACACACAGGGACAGGAGGAGCAGGACACACAGGGACAGGAGGAGCAGGACACACAGGGACAGGAGGAGCAGGACAAAUUGUAG